GCGUUGCACCGCCAGAGGCCCGGGCUGGCUCUCUGUACUGCUCAGCGCCGCACCCCACCCGGUGGGCCGGCAGCGGCCACGCAUGCCCGGGCUGUGUACUGCCCCCCUCUAAUUGCAUUGCCGGCCCUAGUCCCUCACUGCCGCCGACGGCUCGGACUCGCCCGGGACUGGCGAGUUGCGGUGCACUGGCACCCACGGCGCUGCAGCGGGCCCUGCUCCCUCCCCGUGGAGCCGGGAGUCGUGCCGUCGCCCACCGUCUGGCAGAGAGCUGGGUCCGGCGUCCAGCCCUCCGGCCUUCGCUUAGGGCUCCUCCCCAGCAGAGAGGAGAGGUUCUAACCGAGACCGGCCCGGCCUGACCCGGCCCGGCGGUGAAAUGAGCUUCUUCGGCUUCGGGCAGAGCGUGGAGGUGGAAAUCUUGCUGAACGAUGCAGAGAGUAGGAAGCGGGCCGAGCACAAGACGGAGGACGGGAAGAAGGAGAAAUAUUUCCUCUUCUACGACGGAGAGACGGUGUCCGGGAAGGUUAGCCUCGCACUCAAGAACCCCAAUAAGCGGCUGGAGCACCAGGGCAUCAAGAUCGAGUUCAUCGGGCAGAUCGAGCUCUACUACGACCGUGGGAACCACCAUGAGUUUGUGUCCCUGGUGAAGGAUUUGGCCCGGCCCGGAGAAAUUAGCCAAUCACAGGCCUUCGACUUUGAAUUCACCCACGUGGAGAAGCCGUAUGAGUCCUAUACAGGCCAGAAUGUAAAGCUACGGUAUUUCCUUCGAGCCACCAUCAGCCGCCGCCUCAAUGAUGUCGUCAAAGAGAUGGACAUUGUAGUCCACACACUCAGCACAUACCCAGAGCUGAACUCGUCCAUCAAGAUGGAGGUUGGGAUCGAGGACUGCCUGCACAUUGAGUUUGAGUAUAAUAAAUCCAAAUACCACUUGAAAGAUGUCAUUGUAGGGAAGAUCUACUUCCUCUUGGUGAGAAUCAAAAUCAAGCACAUGGAGAUAGAUAUCAUCAAGCGGGAAACAACGGGCACAGGCCCCAAUGUGUACCAUGAGAACGACACGAUAGCCAAGUAUGAGAUCAUGGAUGGGGCUCCCGUGAGAGGAGAGUCCAUCCCUAUCCGGCUCUUCCUGGCGGGCUAUGAGCUCACCCCCACCAUGCGGGACAUCAACAAGAAGUUCUCCGUGCGCUAUUACCUCAACCUGGUGCUGAUAGACGAGGAGGAACGGCGCUACUUCAAACAGCAGGAAGUGGUGUUAUGGCGGAAAGGUGACAUCGUACGGAAGAGCAUGUCCCACCAGGCAGCCAUCGCCUCACAGCGCUUCGAGGGCACAACCUCCCUGGGUGAGGCUGUUACUAAAGCUGAUUUAUAUUAAUUCAAUGAAUAUAUACUAAUUGUUGGCAGAGAGAUACAUAGGAGUAUGGGUGCCAAGAGAUGUUGGAUAAGACAGCUCAUUCUGGACUUCGAAGACGUGGCAAAGAUGAUUUUUUCCAAAGAGAAUUAGAGCAAGAGUGCCUGGAACGUCGUAGGCACUCAAUAGCUAAGUUGUUCAAUUCUUACUAUAUAAACUCUUUGUUAUCCUAA